AUGGCCUCCUUGGAGAUGGCCCCAGAGCAAGGCAUUUCCAAACUGGAUGACACUGUGCUCCAGGAGCUGUCCAUGCUUCUAGGCCGAGAUAUGACUUCGCUUGCAGAGAAAAUAGUAGGAGAGGAGGAGAAAAAGCGAGCACAAAUGCAGAAAGGCUACAACGCCCAGAUGCGCAGCGAAGCGCAGAGGCUGAAGUCAUUCGAGACCUACCUGUCCCUCCACUCCUGGACACCCCAGGAGCUGGCAGCUGUGGGCUUUUACCAUAUCGUGGUAGAAAAGUCGGCGCUGCAGUGCUUCUGCUGUAGCUUAAUCCUCUUUCAUGCCAGUCUCCGAAGAUCUCCCCUUGAAGAACACAAGAAGUUGCACCCAAACUGUGCGUUCCUUUUGGGCAGAGACGUUGGGAAUAUCUCCAAGUACGAUGUGAGGGUGAAGAGGCUGGAGCAGCUGCCCGAAGAGCAGCGAGCAGCAUGCCAGGAGGAGAAAGCCAGACUGGCCUCCUUCCAGAACUGGCCUUUUUAUGUCCAAAUGGUCUCCCCGCAGGAGCUAUCAGCUGCCGGCUUUGUCUUCACAGUCUCCAUGAUGAUCCUGGGGGGCAACCCCCAUUUGGCCUCCCAUACAGGGAGACAAGACACAGUGUGCUGCUUUUCCUGUGGUGGAUGUUUGGGAAACUGGGAAGAAGGAGAUGAUCCUUGGAAGGAACAUGCCAAGUGGUUUCCCAAAUGUGAAUUUCUUCGAAGUAUGAAAUCCUCAGAGGAAAUUGCCCAAUAUAUUCAAAGCUACAAAGGAUUUGUUGGUGUUACGGGAGAUGAUUUUGUAAAUUCCUGGGUCAGGAGAGAUUUGCCUAUGGCAUCAGCUUAUGGCAAUGACAGCAUCUUUGCCAAUGAAGAACUUCGGAAGGAUUCAUUUAAGGAGUGGCACCAGGUUCCCCCUGAGGCAGCUGCAGCUCUGGCCAAAGUGGGUCUUUUUUAUACAGGUAUAAAGGACACGGUCCAGUGUUACUUCUGCGGAGCCUGUUUCCCUUGGAAGCCAGGUGAUGACCUAUUAGGAGAUCACACCAAGGAUUUUCCCCGUUGUCAGUUUCUCCAAAACAUGAAGUCAUCUGCAGAGGUGAUUCCAGAUGUUCAGAGCUGUGGUGAACUUUCUGAAUUCACGGCAAGCAGAAGUGAAAACCCUCAGGAAGACUUAGCAUCAGGCAGUGCUAUUGUGCCAGAAACAGUAGAGGGCAAAUUUCCAUGGUUUCAGGAGGCAAAGCGUUUGAGUGUGCAGCUGAGGGAGGCCUACAUUAAGGCCAGCUUUCGUCACCUGUCCUUGCUGGAAGUCUCUGCUGGGCUGCCUACUGACCUACUGCUUGGAUGUGAUUUGUCACUUGCUUCUAAACAGAUUGGCAGCCCAGGCCAAGAGCCUGUGGUAUUAUCUGAGGUCCUGGCCAACUUGAACUCUGUCAUGUGUGUGGAGGGCGAAGCUGGCAGUGGAAAGACAGUCUUCCUGAAAAAACUAGCUCUGCUCUGGGCAUCAGGAUGCUGUCCCUUGUUAAGCAGAUUCCAGCUGGUCUUCUAUCUUUCCCUUAGUGAUGCCAAGCUGGACCAGGGGCUGGCCAGCAUCCUUAGGGAUCAGCUCAUCGGGACAGAAGCAGCUGUCACAGAAACGUGUAUGGAACAUAUUAUCCAGCAAUUCAAGAAUCAGGUGCUCUUCCUCCUGGAUGACUACAAAGAAAUGAGUGUCGUCCCCCACGCCAUAAAAAAGUUGAUCCAAAAAAACCAUGUGUCAAGGACUUGCUUGCUAGUCGCUGUCUGCACCCAUAGAGCCAGGGACAUCCGCCGAUACCUGGAUAUGAUUCUGGAGAUCAGGGUGUUUCCCUUCCAUAACACCAUCUUUAUAUUACGAAAGGUCUUUUCAGAUGAUUUGACUCGCCUGAAAAAAUUUUUUAUUUUCUUUUUAAUGAAUGAAAGUUUGAUGGAAAUCAAUAAAACACCCCUCUUUGUCACAGCACUCUGUGCUCACUGGUCCCAUCAUCGCCUGGAGGAGAGUUUUGAAGUGGUGACUUUCAAAUCCUAUAUGGCAAGCCUUUUCCAGAGGCACAAAGCCACAGGAGAACUCAAAACUGUGAUAUCCGCUUGUGGCCAGCUGGCGUUAAAAGGGUUUUUUGCCUCUUGCUUUAAGUUUAAUCCUGAGCACCUUCUAGAAGCUGGGGUUAAUGACAACGAAGAGCUAGUUAUGUGCCUAAUGAACAAAUUCACGGCUCAAAGACUUACACCAGUGUAUGAGUUUUUAAAUCCUGCAUUCCAGGAAUUUCUUGCUGCAAUACGGUUGGUAGAACUUUUAGAAUCAGAGAAAGAGGAAGACCAGGAUCUGGGACUUCAUUAUUUGAGACAAAUGAACUCAUCCAUGAUGAUUCUGACUCCCUAUAGUAAUUUUCUGAACUAUAUUUCAUACUUCUGUGCCUCCAAGGCCGGACCAAUCGUGGUCUCUCACUUGCUUCACUUGUUGGAUAAUCAAGAGUCGCUGGAGACUCUUUCUGAAAAUGAUGACUACCUCAAGCACCACCCAGAAAUGUCUGAGAAGAUGCAGUUGAUUAGGAUGAUGUGGCAAAUGUCUCCUCAAGGUUACUUUUCAGUGGUCUCAAAGCAUUUGCUGACCCUUGCCAUCAAAGUGGCUUAUCAAAGCGGCACUGUGGCUGCCUGUUCUCCAUUCCUUCUGCACUUCCUUCAAGGGCGAACCCUGCCCCUGGAACUCCUUAAGUUACAGUAUUUCUAUGACCACCCUGAAAGCCUGUUAUUGCUAAGGAGUAUCCAGUUCUCCUUACAAGGGAAGCAACACUCACGCAGAUUAGACUUUUCCAUCCUGGAAACGUGUUUGGAUAAAUCCCAGGCACCCGUUAUCGAUCAGGACUAUGCGUCUGCCUUUGAACCUAUGAAAGAAUACGAGCAGAAUUUAGCUGAAAAAGAGGAAAAUGUUAAUAGUUUUCUAAAUCAGAGACACAUCACACCACCAGCCAUCUACUCUGGCUACUGGCUGCUUUCUCCAAAACCAUACAAGAUUCCCCUUCUGGAAGUCCACGUGCGUAACAUUGAGGCUGUGGACCAGGAGAUGCUCAGGGCUCUGAUGUUAUUUUUCUCUGUUUCUCAGUGCAUUGAGCUCCAUUUAAGUCACAGCACAGGCUUUAUUGAAAGCAUCCGCCCAGCUCUUGAGCCGUAUAAGGUUUCAUUCACCAAGUGUAUCAUAGACAGAUCUGAGCUGAGUGUGGCAGAACAGGAAUUGUUGCUUACUCUGCCUUCCCUGGAAUCUCUCGAAGUGGCUGAGAUAACCCAGGGACUAGAGCAACUCUUUUCCAAUUUGGACAAGUUCCAGCACCUGAAAGAACUCUCUGUGAAUCUGAGUGAUAAACAGAAUGUUUUUUCAGUUAUACCUGAAGAUUUUUUUAAUCUUUAUAAUUUGGAGAAACUAUUGAUCAAAACUUUAUGUGAGCAGAAUACUUCCAAACUAGUCAAAUUAAUUCAGCAUUCUUCAAACCUUCAAGUUUUCCAUCUACAAUGCAAUUCUUUUUUGAAUUUUGAGUCUCUAAUGACUGUACUGGCCUUCUGCAGGAAACUUAAAGAAAUUAAAAUAUCUGGAUCAUUCUUUAAUGCUAUCCCAUUUGUCAAUGCUUUGCCGAAUUUUACUUCUUUAAAGAUACUGGAUCUUAAGUACCAACAAUUUCCAGACAUUGAAGCAUCUGAAAAAUUUGCUCAUAUUUUAGGUUCUCUUUGUGACUUGGAAGAACUGAUCCUUCCAAAUGGGGAGGGGAUUCGUCAGGCAGCCAUGUUGAUCAUCCAGCAGUGUCAGCAUCUUCAGUAUCUUCGAGUUUUCUCAUUUUCCUGUAAUUUGAAUGAUGACAGCUUGAUGGAAAUUGCUAAGGUGGCUAUCAAUGGAGGUUUCCAGAAACUUGAGAACUUAGAUAUUUCCAUGAACGAUGAGAUUACAGAGGAAGGAUACAGAAAUUUCUUUCAAGCACUGGAUAACCUGCCAAAUUUGCUUGAGUUGUAUAUUUCCAGGCAUUUCACCAAAUGCAUCAAAGUUCAGGCUGCAACAGUCAAGUCCCUGAGUCAAUGUGUGUCCCGUCUGCAAAGCCUCACCAAUCUUCACAUGUUCAGUUGGCUGCUGGAUACAGAAGACCUGGCACUGCUCAAUGCCAUGAAGGAAAGACACCCACAAUCCAAACACUUAACUCUGCACUGGAAAUGGGUACUGCCAUUCUCUCCAAUCAUUAAGGAAGAUUUAGCAAAAAGCUGUUGAAUGAACAAGUGUUUGCUUGGGCCCUACAGGAAUAACAAUGAAAUUUACAUCUGGUGACAAGUUGGAAUUCCUGGUCAUGCACUGAACAUGAUUCAGGCAACUCUGCUAAUUUCCUUACAGCACGAGUGAUCACAGGGAGGUGCGUGCA